UGACUAUCAUGUCUGUACUUUGCAUCUCAGCGUUCUUCAUCCCUUGUCAAAUGCAAUUGAUGAGCGCUUUGGGACUUGGUCUAUCGGAUCUCCACUUAAACAAUCUAUCUUGCAUGUCCAUUGCAGGAUAAGGACUUUCUCUCUUCGUCAACACCACACUCUUAAUACCGGUCGUCUUCACACACUCGCUUUUCCCUUUUGCUCUUUGAGCUUCUCUAUUCUUUCAUUCCUUCUCCUAAUAGUCCUUGCUUAUAACAACUUAAUCAUGGGGUUCAUGUCAUAUUUUCAGACGUCUACAAAGGCGGCAGCAAGCAAACACUCUGCUGAAAACGAAAAGUACCCUGUCUCCGUCGUCACGAGUGCCCAGAACUUUCCUGGGUCGUUACCUGGCAGACUUGCUCCCCUUGAAUCCGAUACUGCUUCAAUUUCUCCAGCGCCUUCAAGUCGAGCUGCUCAAGAAGACCGAUUGGUUGAUGAGAUCAAACAUCAAGUUGUCGUCAACCAUCUCUUCCAACACCAAUGUAGUUCGUUAUGGAUCCGAGACCUAGCCGAAGAGCAGGAAGGUGUGAUGGUACGAAAACGACGAAACAACUACAUCUUCAAACCUCCAGGACUUGCCAAUUCAAGCUUCGCACAAGCAAUGACAAUGUUGAAUGUUCAAUCUGCAAUGACUGUUUCAUCUGGGGUCAUUGAGCCAUUUCUGAGCUGGUCCGCCGAUGCAAUCGAUGUACCUCUUCUGAAUGGCUUGAGAAUCCAGAUCUUGCCCACAUUUGAAGACUUGUAUCAAGCCAAGCGACAUCAAUACGCUGCUUUCAUCGCUUCAGACUCACUUCUCGUCGUUUGGGAUGACGAGCCAACUCAUUUGCUUCAGAGAGCCAAGACCAUCGAAGCUGAGCUUCUCAAAUUUGUCUGGAAGACUGCAAAUGCUACCCAGACCGAGAAGGAGGAGCUUGAGAAUGCCAACUUGACGAUAGAUGAAGAGACGGGGUUGAUGGCUAGCAAGGAGAGACCAAUUCUCUUAUAUAACUGCUUCUUGGUUGCAUGCAGUUUGUGCCUCUUGACCGUUCUCAUUGGGUUGGGAUACGUCAAAAUCGCCGAUGAACUUCUCGAGCUGCAGCAAUGGGUAUCCUUGGCAUUCCUGGCGAUGACGCCAGUUAACGCUUUCCUGACACUGUUCUUCUCUUCUGUCAUAGUCAGCGCGAUUGCGCAAAUCAUCGGUCCAAUCCAGCAUCUCACCCAGAACUCGAAAUAUUUCUCAGCGACCCCGCCUAUGCGACUGCGCACCAAUGUUCUUCCACAUAUCACGAUUCAAUGCCCAGUCUACAAAGAAGGUCUUGACAGCGUUAUCGUACCGACUGUUCGAUCGAUCAAGAAGGCAAUUUCUACUUACGAGCUCCAAGGUGGAUCUGCCAAUAUCUUCAUCAACGACGAUGGCCUCCAAAUCAUCACAGCCGAGGAGCGCCAAGCUCGCAUUGAGUUCUAUGCCGACAACCAGAUUGGCUGGACAGCUCGUCCUGGACACAAUGUGGAUGGGUUUAUCAGAAAGGGAAAAUUCAAGAAAGCCUCCAACAUGAACUACGGUCUCACAAUCUCCAACAGUGUCGAAGAGUCCCUGCAGCUCAUCGAUCGUCCUGCCGACUGGACUGCCUUUGACGAAAGCAUUGCAUAUGAACGUUGUCUCAAAGCUGUUUUGGCUGCCGAAGGUCGUGCCUGGGCUGAUGGAAAUAUUCGUCUCGGAGACUAUAUCCUCAUCAUCGACUCCGACACCCGUGUGCCCGAAGACUGUUUGUUGGAUGCUGCUUCCGAGAUGGAGCAGAGUCCACGUGUUGCCAUCAUCCAGUUCUCUAGUGGUGUCAUGCAGGUCGCCAACAACUACUUUGAGAACGGAGUGACAUUUUUCACCAACUUGAUCUAUACCGCUAUCCGCUUCGGUGUCGCUUCAGGCGACGUGGCUCCCUUCGUGGGACAUAAUGCCAUUUUACGAUGGAGUGCACUCCAAGAAGUUGCUUUCAAGGAUGAAGAAGGUGUCGAGAAGUACUGGAGUGAAUCUCACGUCUCCGAAGACUUUGACAUUGCUCUCCGACUCCAAGUCUAUGGUUAUGUGGUACGCAUGGCAGCCUGGGCCGGAGAUGGAUUCAAAGAAGGCGUCUCUCUGACCGUUUAUGAUGAGCUUACUCGCUGGGAAAAGUACGCAUACGGCUGCAGCGAGCUGGUAUUUCACCCAGUCAAGUACUGGAUAACCAAGGGCCCCAUCACACCACUCUUCCGACGCUUCCUUUGGUCUGGCAUGCCAAUUGGUAGCAAGAUCAACAUCAUCUCAUACAUCGGGACAUAUUAUGCCAUCGGUGCCGCGUGGAUCAUGACCGUCUCCAACUAUAUUGCCGUCGGUCUAUACAACGGCUCUCUCGAUAAGUGGUAUGUUGAGAGUUGGCAAAUUUGGAUCUCGAUUAUCAUGGUUUUCACCGUGGCUGGAAAUGUUUCUCUCGCUGUGCAGCGUCAUCGGACGAGUGAGAAGAACUUUCUCUAUUCUCUCUUUGAGAACUUCAAAUGGUGUCUCAUGUUUGUCUUGUUCUUCGGCGGCAUGUCGCUCCACAUCUCCCAAGCUUUGCUUUGCCACAUGUUCAGCAUUGACAUGUCAUGGGGAGCCACCUCGAAGGAAGUCGAAUUUUCCAACUUCUUCAUUGAGAUCCCAAAAGUGUUCAAGUCCUUCAAAUACAGCAUCGCGUUGUCACUCUUGACGAUUGCUGGCAUGGUCAUCAUGGCUGUUGGCGACUUCAUCCCAUGGUCAUGGAACAUUGAUCAGUUCGUGGCAAUCUUCCCUUUGGCAAUGCUGUGUGCUUGUCAUCUGUUGCUUCCCGUCGCUCUGAACCCAGGCCUGAUGACCUUCUCGUGGUAAAACACAAAUCAUGAUGUACCAGGUAAUGAUGGAAUUCUUGUGAGCGACUUUAAGAUAUGGGCUGUUAAAUUGGUCGGCGUUCUAGGGCUGGGGGUGAUAAUUAGACUGGUAUUCGUAGAAGGCUUCUUAGAAAAUAUUUACUCACCGUACAUCACAUAUCUAGAUACC